GAUUUGGAGCUAAAGGAAAAAAUUCAAAAUGCUUGGGUAUUUAAUGUUAGCUUGGAAAAUGGCACCAGCUUUUCUAGAAGUGUUGAGUCAAUUGGCUCCAACCCCAUGGGAGGUACUUCAAUUGAUAGCCAGAAUGACAUUGUUGUACCAGUUUUUCAACAGGACAAUCACAUCAUUAAAUUGCUUGUGGAUGAUUGUGGAGGACAUGAAGUGCUUGCAGAAACAUUGAGAGAUACAAAUAUCAAUGAAUGCAACAUUGAUAAUUUGAUGCAUCAUUUAUGUUCUAAUAUUAUUAUUCAUCAUUAUGAAGAUGCUUUCAAUAUAACUGCUUUAGAAACACAGACUAUUGCACGGUUAAUAUUGACCAGAAAGCAUUUGGAUCAAAACAAAUGUGUCCCCAAUACAGAUCCAUUACUUAAAGACUGGCAAUUCUGUGAUUACAGAGAGCACAGCUCAGUAUCUGAUUGGAGGUUGCCAGUGGGAUCUCAGUUUUGGAAUCAUUUUGAACAUUUCAUUGCAAAUUUUCGUUCAUUAAAAUCUAAGGUACUAUGUGAAAAUGAGUUAACAACAGUUUCAGAAAUUCAUGCUGGAGCACAUCUACAUUUGAAUGAUGAUUUCAAAUUCAAGAACCAUCAUCUAAAAUUGGAAUGUGCUAUUCAUCAU